AAGCUUGUCCGAGAUGAAAAGCAAACCGAUUACAAGCGUAGAAGAAGAAAAAAGGAAGACGACGAAGAAGAAAAAGCAAAAUGACAGCAAGCUAACCGGUUGGAAGAAAAAAAGCUGAUUUAGGUUAAACAAUGUACCAGUCAAGAUGGGACAGGCCUUGUGUAUUUGCUCCCGUGGCUCCAUCACCAUUGAUAACAAAAAAUAUUACUUUGUCCAGAAACUGGAUGAAGGCGGGUUCAGCUUUGUCGAUCUGGUCGAGGGAGCAAAGGACGGGCACUUCUACGCCCUGAAAAAGAUCUUGUGUCACGACCGGCAGGCCCGUCAGGAGGCGCAGACUGAGGUGGAGAUGCAUCAGUCGUUCAGUCAUCCCAACAUCUUGAGCCUGGUUUCUUACGCCUUCGUCGAGAGCGGAGGGAAGACUGAAGCCUGGUUACUGCUGCCUUUCGUCAGAAAAGGAACUCUGUGGUCCGUUUUGGAGAAGCUGAGGGACAAGGGGAGCUUGAUGCCCGAGAAUCAGAUUUUACAAAUAUUCCGCGGAAUCUGCUCUGGUUUGAAGGCUAUUCAUGACAAAGGCUACGCCCACAGAGACUUGAAACCCACCAACGUGCUCCUGGACGAGGACGACAAGCCGGUUCUGAUGGAUCUGGGCUCGAUGAACCGCGCAAGAAUCGAGGUCAAAGGGUCCAGGGAAGCCAUGACGGUCCAGGACUGGGCAUCCCAGCGCUGCACCAUCUCCUACAGAGCUCCUGAGCUCUUCAACGUGGAGAGCCACUGCAUCAUAGACGAGCGCACCGACAUCUGGUCUCUCGGCUGCGUUCUGUACUGCAUGAUGAUGCUGGAGGGGCCGUACGACCUGAUCUUCCAGAAGGGGGACAGCGUUGCCUUGGCCGUCCAGAAUCCAGUGUCCAUUCCUCCGUCCUGCAGGUACUCUGAGGGCCUCAAGGUUCUGCUGAGCUCCAUAAUGGUUUCAAACCCCCAGGAGAGACCGAACAUCAUCUGGGUUCUGGACCAGGUCCAGGACCUGCAGAGUCGCAGUCCGAACACUCAGACCAACAUGGUGUGAUUGUCCCGGUGGGACCACGGACACUUGGACCAUCACUGAGAAACUUUCUUUAUUCCAGCUUCAAUUUAUUUUUAUUUCUUGGGUUUAUUGUAAAAACCUGACUGUUUUAUUUGUUCUUCACCAGCUUGGUUUUAUUUUGAGUAUUUUUUCACGUGACCUUGAAAUGAAAACGUUUAGUCCUUUAUAGAUCUAAAU